CUUUUGUCAUUGUCAUUUGGUGGUCAUUUUAUUUUCUUUAUCUCAUUGAGUAUUGAGGACCUUUGCGAUUUUCUUUAUCUUUAGAAAACAACUUAUCGCAUACACUAGAACGUAUUAAUGUCGGCGCCACGCCUCUAUAACCGAUUAGUAUAAUAAUAUCAACGUAAACGUCGGCAGUUGAUAACCACGUCUUGAUAAACAAGUUCCUUGGCGAAUUCAAUCUUUAAAAAAAAUAAUUAAAAAUAUACUUUGCAUUACGCGCGUCGAACGAGGCAACGAUUUAGCUAAUAUCUUUAAUCAGUGAACAAUAUUGUGUGAACAAUAUAGUGUAAGAUUAACUUUUAUUUAAGUGAACUAUUUUGUAACUUUAAAAGUUUUACAAUGUCAGUGCUAAAUAACAUCAGUGUUUCUAUAAGUAAAGGAUUGAGACGUCUCAGGAAAUCAAAACACCUAAAUGGGGCCAUUCGGAGCGCCAGCACGGAGCCGCCUAAACUGCAUAUGGACAAGUGCCUCAUAGUGUCUAAGGUCACCCGCUAUGAAUAUGAAAAACACAGUCUCGACAACAUAUCCGACGCCGAAUUGGAAGCAGUUCUUCGGAAGCGAGGCUCAGACUUCGACGCCAUGCUGCAGAGCCAUAGAGAACAGAAGGCCUUCGAGCAGAGCGUGGCCAGGAGUCUGGGGGAGAUGGGCCGAAAAGUCGAAAUGGCUAGCAGGUUGACUUACAACGAGGAUCUAAUAAAGUGGUGCGACGUUGUUGUGCCGUGCGGCGGCGACGGCACUUUCCUUCUAGCUGCUUCUAGAGUAAGGGAUGCUAACAAACCAGUGAUCGGGUUCAACAGCGCGCCCCAUAAGUCCGUCGGCCGCCUCUGCCUGCCGACCUGGUGCUCGAAUGAUGUCAAAGGUGCGCUCCACGCUUUGAAGGAGGGUCGGUUCAGAUGGAUGCGGCGAUCGCGGAUACGAACGACCGUCACCUGCGAGGCCAAAUUAUUGGACACCAUCACACCAGUUGAUCUACAUACGCUACACUAUAGCAGAUAUUCAGCAGUCUCCCAGGCCCUGGAUAAUCCGGAUAACCCACAAUCGUCGGCGCCCCACCGGGAGCAGUUCACCACGGAGCAGAGGAAUUCGGUGCUCCAUACUAAAGUGCUACCCUUUUUGGCCCUCAAUGAGGUAUUCAUAGGCGAGAGCGUGACAUCACGAGUAUCGGUGCUCCGCCUGCAGAUAGACACGGGCGCGUGGACGCACACGAAGAGCUCGGGGCUCUGUGUGAGCACGGGCACCGGCAGCACGUCGUGGCAUUACAGUAUAAACUGCCUCCGUACCCACUCUGUGCUUGAACUGAUGAAGAUACUCUCCAGGGAGGGCAUAGCCGUCGACACCACGUUGGAGAAAGCGAGGGAGGUCGCUGAGAAAUAUAAUCAGAAGCUCAUGUUUGCAGCCGACUGCGACAAGCUAGCCUACUCCGUCCGAGAAUACAUCACGUUCGAGGAUUGGCCGGUACCCAGAGGGUUGCGGGUUCGAGACCGCGCCGACACCGUACGGGUGAAGUCACACUGCGUUGAUGCUGGUCUGGUGAUCGACGGGAGCGUCUCGUUUCCCUUCAACGACGGCACGGAAGCCCUACUCGAGAUACACCCCGAAGACGCGCUCAUGACUGUGCAUAUGGAUGAUUCGUUGCCAUAUUGAUAAAGGUACCCUGAUAGGAGCUUAAAUAAAAUAAUACAAUAGGGAGUAUUACUGCAAUGUUCUGCCGGUAGAGUGCAGCAGUAUAGUUCGUUUUUUAGGGUUCCGUACCCAAAGGGUAAAACGGGACCCUAUUACUAAGACUUCGCUGUCCGUCCGUCCGUCCGUCCGUCCGUUUGUCUGUCACCAGGCUGUAUCUCACGAACCGUGAUAGUAGAGUCGAGAUAUUUCUGUUGCCGCUAUAACAACAAAUACUAAAAACAGAAUAAAAUAAAGAUUUAAAUGGGGCUCCCAUACAACAAACGUGAUUUUUGACCAAAGUUAAGCAACGUCGGGCGUGGUCAGUACUUGGAUGGGUGACCAUUUUUUUUUUCUUUUUUUUCCGUUUUUUUUUGCAUUAUGGUACGGAACCCUUCGUGCGCGAGUCCGACUCGCACUUGCCCGGUUUUUUAGCAUUAGAAAUUUGAUGUGCCUUUUAAUUGAAAAACACAUUUUAUUAAUAAACUACGGCAAAGAUGUAACAAUUAUGAAUCUAAUACGAUCAUUUAUAUUCUUCUGCUUUCAAGUAAUAGUUUUUGAUUUAAAAAAAGGGUUUUUCAAUUAAAAGACAUGUCAAGAUCGCUUACCUUCUUGCAAGUUCUUUCUAAUGCUAAAAAAAACGGACUAUAAGCUAUCCACAGCUCAAGUUCUGUCGUUUUACAGUAAUUAUUUUCAUAUCAACCAUUUUUAACUAACACCUACGAUGCGAGCAAAAAUAAUCCCAAUUCGUAACUAGUUACUAAAAAGGAAUAUUUCUAGUUAAUUUCGUAACCAUUUUGGUAAUUAAAUUAAUCAAUGUAAAGAAAAACAAAGUGAAACUGGCAAUUAAAGAACAUUUCUAUAAUUAACAGUGCAUAUUAAUUCACAAAUACAUAUUUUUCUUACUUUGGGACUGUCCCCGUACCGCAUUUCUGCUCUUAUGUUUGUUUUUGGCAAAAAUAGGAAUGUUCUAAAUAUUUAAAUAAAUAAAUAAAUGUUUAUACGUAGGAAUGAAAUUAUUUAUAAAUAAGGAUAGUGUAAUGUCAGCGAGUAUAAUCCACAACAAAGAAUUAUUGUAUUUACAUAUAAAUUAAAUUAACCAACCACUAGCUUUUCGGUGAAGGAAAACUUCGUGAGGAAACCUGAAUACAUCUGCGAAGAAAUUCAAAGGUGUAUGUGAAGUCCCCAAUCCGCAUUGGGCUAGCGUGGGGACUAUAGCCCAAACCCUCUCGUGCUUGAGAGGAGGCCUGUGCCCAGCAGUGGGACGUAUAUAGGCUAAAUUAUUAUUAUUAUUAUUUUAAAUGAUAAUAUCUUAUUAUUUUACGCCAAAAAUCCUGUUACGUCCACACGAAAGCAUCUUUGUGAAACUAUUCGCUGAUUAAAAUUAUCUCUACCUGUGAUUUGUGCUUACGUUUUUUAUAUCCCGAUGCAAGACUGAAUUAUUUUGCAUUGUAAUUAGUUAAUUUUAAGUUUAUUCAUUUAAGAUGUAAGAAGAUGUUGCGAGUAAGGCUCACACUCAACUAUUGCACAUUGUUUAAUAUUAUAACUCAUAUUACUAAACGACCUAUUUCCUUGAUGACUUUUUGCAAUGUUCAAGUUUAUAAGACACAAAAAGAUAAAAUAUAUUUUUCCAUUCAAGAUCGAGUAUAUUAUGCUACGGAUAGAUAAUUUGAAAAUAGUUAUAUACGAUUGCCUCUCCGUUUUGUUCUGUAUUGUUUGUGCAAUACUUUAUAUAGCAUAAAAUGGUUUGUAUCCUUUUUUCUGACAAUUAAUAUACAAUAUGUUUAUCAUAAAAUAGUUGUAUGUCGUUAUUUUUGUUCGAAAUGUGCAAUAAAAUUUUAUUUAAACUUUAGUUUCUAAAGAAAAUUUAAAUGUUGUUACUCAUAAAUCACUGUAAAACUAUAACUAUAGUUCGUUUUCUUAGCAUUAGGAAUAAGGUAAACAAUCUUGAUGUGUCUUUUAAUUGAAAAACACAUUUUAAUAAUAAGUUACGGCAAUUAUGUAACAAUUAUGAAUCUAAUACGACCAUUUAUAUUCUUUUGCUUUCAUAAGUAAUAGUUUUUGAUUUUUAAAAAGCGUUUUAUAAUUAAAAGACAUGUCAAGAUCGCUUACCUUCUUGCAAGUACUUUCUAAUGCUAAAAAAAACGAUUUAUAUGUCCUUAUAAGUAACCAAUGACCAUCUAAAGUCCUAAAGAGUUGUUGUUGAUGUUUUCCAUCCUAUUUUCGGAAACGUUCGUUUUUGUCAUGCUAGUUCAGUCAAUGACAGUACUUUUUGCACCGAGACUGACUGAAAUAGCAAGACACGUUCGUAAGUUUCCGUGAAAAUACGAUGGAAAAUAAUUAUGCACUAAAUACAUCUGUAGGAACCCCUGAACUGAAAGAUUAUUUCAUUAAUUUGCAUUUUUGUGACGUUACUUAAGAUUAUGUAUUGUGUUUCAUGUUUUUAUGAUUCCAUUUUUAUGCUUCCAUACUUUUUUAUGGCCAAUAUGAUUGGUUUAAUAUACUACAGUUAUAAAUAAAAUAA